AUGUUAGAUCCAAUUUACAAAAGUUGCCACAGAUGUAAUAUUAGUGAUCGAAAUGAAAUUGCAGCAUUAUUUAAAGACUACUAUCCUCAAAGUCUUGAUGUCUAUUCAUAUCAUUUGAAAAAUAUUUCUAGUGAACUUUUCGAAUCCAAAGUCAAAAAAGGUCAAACAAUAAAGGAUUCCUUAUUGGGUUGGAAAAAUAUUAUAAAAACACAGUACGGUGGAUGGGCCAAGUUUUGUAAUGAAUAUAAUACAACAAAUUCCAAACAUCACAAUGUAUUUUCUUUUCAAUUCUGUGUUGAUACUCAAAUUCAGUUACUAAAGAACGUCCACUUGUUUGGUUUAGAUGCAACUCAUGGUUUGGUAAAAUCUUUAAACGGUCAAUCAAAUGCCUAUCUUUUUGUUCUCACAGGAAUAAUACCUUCUAGUCGCAACACUUUUCCAUUAUCAUUUAUGUUGACAAAUUAUACUGGAAAAAUAACUAUCCAACAUUGGUUAAAUAAUCUCAAAACAGAAUUUGGAAUUAACCCUACCCAAUUUGUAAUUGAUGCUGAUCCUGCUGAAAUUUCAGGUAUCCAAUCCAUAUUCAAGGACACCAAAAUAGUUCUAUGCUACUUUCACGUAUUGAGAGCUGUUACUAUAAAACUCAAAGAAGUUGUAAUUCUUCCAGACAAAGAGCAGCAAAAAGCUAUUCAUGACCUGAUAACCCAAGACUUGAAACGAAUAUUAUUCAAUUCAGAAAACACAGAAAAUGAUAUUCAAAAAUUCCUAGAAAAAUAUGCAUCUUUUCGAAGAUUUAAAUCAUAUUUUCAAAAGCAAUGGAUGAGUAAAAUCAAUAUGUGGUUACGAACAGAAAACAAUACCUUUGAUAUACUUCUUUUAACAAAUAAUUUAACAGAAAAUUUCUUUUCGGUGUUGAAAACAGUUAUUCUCAAAAAUCAACCAAACAAACGGCUUGACUCAUUAGUCUAUGUGUUAGUGGAGAUAGUAAUCCCCCGCUUCUGGAGGAAAGAAUUCAAAGUGAUUACGGGUGAUGAAAAGCCAAAUACGAGGGGACCAGAAGUUUCACAAAAAAAACAGUUAGAUAUUCUUGAGGAUGAAGAAAUAAAAGAACUUGUUAAAUUAAAUAUUAUUAAUAACCUGGAAUUGUUUGUUGUGCAAUCACCACAUCGAAGCGAAAUGUCAUACAACGUUGAAUUGAACUAUCAAAACAAAACCGGCCAAUGCUCUUGUGAAAUGUUUACAAUUGAAGAAUGCAGCUGUAUUCAUACCUUGGCUGUAUAUCGUUAUAUAAACAUCCACAAAAAUUUCUAUCGGGAAAAAAUCAGAGGUAGCCCCCAAAAUGCCAUACCUCUUUGUCUUAGAAUAGAAAUGUUCCCGUUGGUUGGUCAAAAAAUAGGUGCAUAUGUUGCAGAAGAAUUGUUGGAAGAACUAGACGAAGAAGGAGAAUUGGAAACAAGUGUUUCCGAGAUAAUGAAUCAACUAGCUGCAUCAAAUGAAUCGCUUGAGGGAUGUCUUCCAAUUAGUUCCCUAUUAAGUCUGGCUAUUGCCAUAAUUGAUGAAGCUUCAGAGAGCAGCAAUGAUGAAGCCCCAACUAUUCUUACCAGCAAUCACCUAGACGAAAUCGGUAGUAGUUAUGACCCUCAAUUUGAUGAUUAUGUUAAUGAUCCAGAUGGUUUUGAAAGUCGAUUGCAAGAAGCAAUGGCAAUGAGCAGUUCUCCAAUUAUUAGUGAUGAGGAAAAUGAAAAUCAAGAGAUUUCCAAUUCCAAUUUUCAAAAUGGGGAAAAUUUUUUUUCACGAGAAGAAGGAAGAUCAAUUGAGCUGCUCCCUUCGCUGCCACCUCCAUCGCACAAUACAUCAGUUUCAACAAGUCGUGAUACACUGAAUACAACAAGUCGUAAUACGCAGAAUACGACAGCAAAUACUACAGAAUACGAUCCAGAAAUCGACGAGCCCAUCCGUGAAAGCCUUGAUAUUUACCAUCUGCUCCUUUCUAUUAAAAGAAGAUGA